CUCCAGUUAAAGACUAAAGAAAGAGUUGAGAAGAGACGAGACGAGUGAGUGACUUGGGAACUGCAUCAGUGGCUAUAAAGAUAAAACACCCACCAUCUUCAUCUUCCCCUUAAACUAGGGUUUCUUCGUCCUUUUCCCUUUCAAGCAUCCAUUAUCUCACUCUAAUCGAGUCACUACACUUGCAGAAUACCAACUUUCGCGUCCGUACAACUUUUAUCUCUCAGGAGCACCGUAUUUGGAUUUAUAUGUGGGCUUGAAGAUGCCAUUAAUGUUGCUUGUCUCUUUUUAAUUAAAAUGUAUGUAAUGGUAGAUUGGUAGGUUUCUUUUUUUUUUUAUUUAUUUUAAAUUUGGUUUUUACAAUAAUGUCAAGAGAAAAGCUUUAAAUGCUUCUGUUUUCUCAUUUCACAUCAAUUGGGAUUCAGAUCGAAAAAGUGACUUUAUCAUAGUGCUGAAGUUGUGUAAUGAUUUGUAAUACUGUUCCUGUGUUUCCAUAUGUAUAGAUAUUUUUUAACCAAAUCCACAAGGUUCAUAUGAUUUCUACUGUUUAUGUAAAAUUUAAUAUACCAAUUUUGAUGCGAAUGAAAAUAUUUUUUAAAAGUAAUUUAGAUUUAAAUUCCUUUUCGAGUUAGUUAGUUUGUUGAGAGUGGGGGUGGUUCUUGUGGUUGUGGAGUAUGGAGUUUCUUUGAAGGUUUUGAUUUCUUUUAGUUGACAUUGAUUAAAGUUAGGGUUUCCUCCAUGAUGACGUCAUUUUUAGGUAUCCUUUCACAUAUGAUAUAUAUGCAUUUGCAUAUACAUAAACAUAUAUAAACAAAUCAUUCUUUCUGAAUUCUGACCCAAGCAUUCCUCUCGAAUCCAUUAUAGGCAUUGUGGGUCAACUUUCUUUAUUCAAGUGGGCCUUUUUUUUUACAGGAUUGCUUUUACUCAAGGGUAAAUUAGACAAUGCAAACCCCAAAGACAAGAGCUGUAACCUUGGAGGUGCCACAGAGGACACCAAAAACUGCUAGGCAGCUCAAAACUUCAGGGGUAGAACCGGAAAAUUCUUCCACUCAAAGUCCGGUGACCAGAACACCAAAACCAAGAAGCCCAAAAGUUUCUGAACGUCGGUCACCUCGUACCCCAACAUCCGAGAAAAAGCGUCCUGGCAGAGUGGCUGAACUUGAAACCCAGCUUGCUAAUCUUCAAGAAGAACUGAAGAAAGCCAAGGAUCAAUUGAGUCAAUCGGAAGCAAGUAAGAAACGUGCCAACGAGGAUGCUGAUGUGGCCAAGAAAGAGCUUGCUGACAUGUCAGAAAAGCUUCAAGAUUCACAACAACAGCUGGAUGAGAUUUCGGCUUCUGAAGAAUCCCGACUUCAAGAACUAAGAAAGAUUUCUCAGGACCGAGACAGGGCAUGGGAAUCUGAACUUGAAGCUGUCCAGAAACACCACUCAAUGGAUUCAGCCGCCUUAGCUUCUGCCAUGAAUGAGAUCCAGAAGCUCAAGAUUCAGCUUGAGAAACUGUCUGAAUCUGAAGCUAAUCAAGCUAAAUACGCUGAGUCAGCUCAUAAUGAUCUGUUGGCUUUAAGGUUAGAGCUCUCGGAAACUCUUGCUGUAGUUGAAGAACUCAAAAACCAAUUGAAUGAUUCCAAAGAUGCCGAAGCUAAAGCUUUGGAAAUCGUUAGUCAAACCCAAGAACAGUUGGAAACCGUAAAGUCAACAGAGGAGGCUUUGAGGUCUGAAAAGGUGAAAGCCAUGGAAGCUUGUGAUUCUUUAACCAUGGAGUUGGAGAAAUUGAAAGCUGAGUGCCAUGGAGACGCUCAGGUUGAUGAUGAAGAAGAAUCUGAGGUGGCAAAGUUACGGUUGGCGCUUGAAGGUGCUGAGAAAAGAUACCAAGAAGAAUAUAUUCAAACAACUUUACAAAUUCGAAGCGCUUAUGAGCUUGUGGAACAGUCAAGAUCUGAGUCCUGUGAAAAAGUUCAAAUCCUGGAGGCAAAUUUGGAGAAAUCGAAAACAGAGUUGGAAGAUUUGAAGGUGAAAUUGAUUGAAAAAGAAGAAAAACUGCAAAACGUAUCGGAAGAAAAUAAGAACUUGAACGAAAAGCUAAAAUUAACAACAGAUGAAAACAAAAACACUGAAGAUGACAAUGCCGAUGUUGUGGAAUUAAAAAGAUUGGAGGCUGAUUUGGAGGAUUUGAAGAGGGUUAUGUCUGAAAAAGAAACCGAAUUGAAGAACAUUACAGAAGAGAAUAAAAGAUUGAUGAUGGAAAAGGAUCAAGUUGCAGAAGGUGAAAAAGAAGCGGUUAUGAAAUUAGGUUAUUUGACAGAAGAGGCUGAGAAGAGUGGUAGAAAAGUGUUGAGGGUGACGGAGCAGUUGGAUUUGGCACAGGCGGCGAAUGCUGAGAUGGAGGCGGAGUUGAGGCGGCUGAAAGUGCAGUCGGACCAGUGGAGGAAGGCGGCAGAGGCGGCAGCGGCCAUGCUUUCCGGUGGGAAUAAUGGGAAAUUUGUGGAGCGAACAGGGUCGCUUGAUUCACAUACGAUUGAAAAGCCAGAAGUAAUCUCAACACAUUUUGCAGAUCUUGAUCGUGAUCAGCUCAGGGGUUGUUUGCUUGAAGUUGAAUGAAUGAAGGUCAAGCCUUUUGUUAGUUUUCUUCUGUAUAGUGAAGUUGAAUUGUAAUGGGGGUUGUCUUUGACUUUGACGUUGACCUUGAUCUUGACCAGCCGUUUGUGGUGGUGGGUGAUGCAUUUUGACAGAGAAUGCAAGUAUUUGUAAUAACACGACAAUUAACGUCUUAUUAUCGGCAUUUCGCAUCAUGUUUCUCAAUUUGCAGCGUCCAUCUUUAUAAACUAGCUGAACAUAUGAUUUUAGUUAUACGUGUAUGUAUGUUAGGACUGGAUGAAGUUUGUCCUUCAAUUAAUACAAAAUAGGUGAAAAGGGGAAAUAAUAAAUAAUAGGAAAUAAUUACGGUAUCUUAGAAAAUGCUCCUACCAUAACCAUCAUCAUUGAUAAUCAUGUCAUCAACAAAUGCAGACAAGACGAUUUAACUUGCACUAGUACAGUUAACAAACAAUGCCAAAUCAUGAUUGCUAGGAAAAGGCAAAGAGAUGUAAUACUGUGAAGAACUUCUCAAACCAAAUACAAGGUGUUUGUUUGAAACCACCGUAAUCAUAAUAUGCAUAAUCAUCAUUUUCAUAGAUGGUGCAAAACUUUUUUCAUAAUCUAUACCGUAUUAAUGAGAGUAACCUUAU